UGAAGGACGCAGAUUUGAAGGGUUUCUUACGGUCUUGGUCACCGUGACGCCGAUCGCGUUCCCGUCGACUGGUUGAAUCCCAUUUAUUAUAUCGUUUAUUCUAAAUCGGUGGCAGCGAUAUACCGCAUAGUGCUUUUUUCGUUUUCUAAUUUUUAGAAGUUUAAUAAACCAGAAAAUCUAUUUGUAAUACAACACGUGAAAUUUGAUUUUCAACAAUAGUCAAUCAUCAUUCAUCCUACAUCUACUUUGGUCUAUCACUUUGAUCUGGCGACGAGGCUCGGACAAGAACAUUACACCGAUGAUGGCCACUGAAAGCACACCGUUGACCAACACCGAUGACGUCACACCGGUAUCAGGUUCCGAGUACAUAUCACUGUCGAAACAUGAAACUGACCACACUCCACCGUGUCUGAAACCAAGAUGUUGCGUGUACGCCGCACUGCUGUCGUUGGUAUUAAUGGCCAUUAUAGUAGGCACGUCAUAUUACGUGGGUCGGAGUCAAGGUGACUCGACUGUUAUUCAACCGGCCCCAAUAGCGACGGUAGACACAUUGUUGCAGCUAAGAUGGCCCUUACAAACGUAUUCGCGCGGGGAAUGGACAGCAGAUGCGGGAAUAACAGCGACAUCAAUUAUUCAGAGGACCAUCGUUAUAAAUGCGACCGGGGACGACUUAAUGUCCGUGGUGGAGGGAGGCUACAAAAGUUUGAAAGCCAAAGAGGAUUUAGAAAAAAACUUUCCGACAAUUGAUGGCGGGACUCCAUCAUACCGUCAUCAGCAAGUGAUGAAGUCCGGCCCCGAAUCGAUAAGAAUCGCGCGGAACGGUUACGUCGAAAACAUCGCGACUGAAAAAUUGAGGUCGGCGCUUCGUCGUCAGACGACCCCUUGGCUUCUGUUAAACGUUACAAACAACCAGGACGCUACGAUAUUGGCAGAAAACGUGACCAUUUUUAAUAACACUGAAUGCAUAAGUCCCGAACCGGUAAUUUGUCCACUCCAGAGUCGUUACCGAACAGUGGAAGGCAUUUGUAACAACGUCUUUGAGCCACUCAAGGGUGCAGCGCUGACGCCAUUCCGUAGAGUAUUGCCGGCCGACUAUUCUGACGGUGUAUGGAAACCAAGGAAAGCUACAGAUGGUUCGGAGUUGCCGUCAGCCAAACAAGUCAGCGAAGAUGUGCACCGGCAGUCGUAUGAAGAAGAUCACGAUUUCACCGUCAUGCUGGCGGUCUGGGGCCAAUUCAUGGAUCACGACAUAACAGCCACCGCGCUGAGUCGAGGGCACAAUGGAAACGCUAUUUCAUGCUGCAGUUCGGUUAAUGAAAACGUUACACAUCCUGAAUGUUUUCCAGUAAUCGUACACGAAGAUAAAAAUGAGUGCGGAAAAUGCAUGGAGUUUGUGCGAUCUUCACCGGCAUCUACUUGUGGUUUCGGGCCCAGGGAACAGUUGAACCAAGCAAGCUCGUAUUUAGAUGGUUCGUCUGUGUACGGUAACACACGCAAACUUCAAAAUGACCUAAGAUCAUGGACCGGCGGACGUAUGAAAGUAUUUGUAACCGAACACGGUGAACAGCUAUUGCCGCCCAAUAAAGAUCCGUUGGACGGGUGUAAUGAAGAAUCGGAAAUGAAAAAAGGCCGCUACUGUUUUUUGUCCGGAGAUGCCAGAUCGAAUGAAAACAUGCACUUGACAACGCUCCAUUUAAUCAUGGUACGCCAACACAACAUGAUUGCCGAUCGAUUGUCGUCUCUAAAUCCACACUGGGAUGACGAACAUAUUUUUCAAGAAACCAGACACAUAGUUACCGCUCAGAUUCAACACAUCACCUAUAACGAAUUUCUACCAGUAUUGCUUGGUGAUAAUCUCAUGAAACGCUUGGACUUAUACUCUCAACAAACAGGUCAUUGGAACGGAUACAAUUCUUCAAUGGAUGCAACCAUCAGCAACAACUUUGCUACCGCGGCCUUCCGAUUCGCUCACACUUUAAUACCGAGUAUGAUGAAGUUUCUUAAGGACAACAAUAGCAAUCCCGAAUUCGUCGAAAUGAGGAAAAUGCUGUUCAACCCGUACAGAUUGUACACGUGUGGCGGUGUAGAUAGUGUCAUUCGUGGAGCGAUGAACACAAGCGCUGGGAAAUCUGACGCAUUUUUCACACCCGAAGUCACUAGACAUCUGUUCGAGAAAAACGACGAAUCGAGACCCGCCGGAAGACAGUGCGGAUUGGAUUUGGUCGCACUGAACAUACAAAGAGGCCGAGAUCACGGACUUCCGGCGUACCCACAUUGGCGUAAAACAUGUGGGUUUUCAAAACCACGGAAUUUCAGCGAUUUAGAAGGACAUGUUGAACCGGCAACAUUGCAAAGAAUAUCAAAAUUGUACAAGUCGAUCGACGACUUAGACUUGUAUACCGGGCUGCUUUCGGAAAAGCCGCUGGAAGGAAGCAUCUUGGGGCCGACGAUCACAUGCCUGUUGGCCGAUCAAUUCUUGCGGGUGAAAUCGGGUGAUCGUUAUUGGUAUGAGACUAACGAGAAACCACAGGCGUUCAACCAAGAUCAAUUGUCAGAGAUCCGGAAAACCACGUUCGCUACAAUAAUUUGCGACAAUUCCGACGAAAUCGAAUCCAUUCAACUGCACGUGAUGCACAGCAACCGGAAAUUCGGAAACAACAGAGUUAGCUGCGACAGUUUAAUAAAAAUGUCUCUUGACCCGUGGAAAGAAGAAUACGACACGACCGUUACUGCAGCAGCCCCUCGAAGCCCGACCGCUGCCUCUUAGGACUCAUCCGCUACAACCACCGCCACUGCAGUCACGAUCAGUAAUAACAAUAACAUAUCGCAGUCGGCCGACGCCCAUUAGGCAAUAGUCGAAUCAACUACUACGAAUCAAUUCGGGCCACAUGUGAAAACAUAAAUUUAUUUCAAAUCAUGUAGCGUAAAAAUAAUUUUUAAAAACACCUACUUCAGCCAUAUAUUAUCCUAUUACAUAUGGAUAAUAAUAUAUAUUUAUAAAUACGUAGGAACUCGCGUCAUAUACGCCACAGAGUUUCACGAUUGUAAUAUUUUAUUUUUACUAUCGAUAAUACUCACCAAAGCCCCUUCUCUACAAAGCUUACGUGAACUUAGCCUCUUCAAAAUUAUAAUUUUUAAGUUAGUUUUCUUAUAUAACUAUUUGAAUAGGUGAUUUUCUUUAUUAUACUCAUACAAAAUCAAUAGUUAUGAUUAUGAACGAUGAUUAUUGAAUAGUAUUUUACGUCCGACUUUAAACUUGGAAAAAUAUCUACUCAGUAUAAAACCCUCUAAUAAAUUACCAGUAGACUGCGCAGUCAGUGUAAAUCGAAAAGGUUGCUAAUAAAAUAAUAAUCUUUCCACAAAAAAAGAAAAAAUCUAAAAAAGAAAUAUUAUUAACUUACAGAACUGCAGUGACUGUUUGUUUUAUGCUUAUGAUUGAACCUAAGAGGACGUCACACCCGCAUGUGUUGUAUAUCCGCCGUCUUACUUAACGUACAACAUCAUAUUAUCAAAUUUUCGUUAAGAAAUGCCAAAUUUGUGUAGUUGAAUUUGAUGUUAGAACGAAUUAUUUACCCAUUAUUAUAGAACGGAAAGUUAAAAACAUUGUUUUGUUGGAAAUAUUAUUUUGAUGUUAAAUGUAUUUUAAUUUCCAAGUGACUAUAGUGAGUAAUAAGCGUUCAGCUAUUACAAUUUUAAAAUGCUCGCAAUUCGCUUCCUUGUUGUUAGGUUUUAUAUUGUAAUAUAAAUUUAAUAAUAGGAUAUAGAUAAAUAUUCUUUGAUAUCAAAAUUAACGAAGCUAAAAUAUGAAAACUGCUGAACGUAAUUAUUUUACCAUGUACACGCACGGUUUGUGAGGCGGAGACAAUAUAUUAUCAAAUUUGCGUUCAGCAGUUCCAAUUUGAUGUUUGUUGACUUUAAUGUUUAAGUUAAUUAUCAAACUUAAAGGCAAGACCACUCACUACGGUCAACCAUUGGUUUCUUACAAGUGAGUUAUGAGAAUUUUUAAAUCGUACUAUAUUACAUUCUAUAAUAACUUACCUACUUAUAACUUAAAAGUUAAAAUAUCGUAAAAAAUAAUAUUCUUGUCUGUGUAUGUGUCUAUUAAUUAGUAGAUUCACUUUAAUAUUAAAGUUUACUACAUAAAACUGGAACUGUUGAAUGCGAACUUGUCCAUGUUUUUUUUAGUAAGAUGGAGACAUCAACAUUUGUGCAGAAGGUGACGUUCUAUUAAUAAUAAUAUUUAUAAUUACUUAUAUGCAAAUAUUUUUUUUACUAUAUCUAUUAUAUAAAAAUUACUGUUUAACAGUGAGUAUGGUGUUUUUUCAAAAAAUUUUAUACAAAAGAAUUUUUUGGAAUAUGAGGACUUUACCAAUGUCCAAUGUUACAAUACUAUAUUAUGAUAAUUGGUCAAGUCUAAAAAAACCAUUUCGUCGUCAUUAAAAUUACAAUAACAAUAAAUUGUAUGUUUUUUUGCAAUACGAGUCUGCUAUCGUUAUGAUAGUAAUAUAUAUACGAACGUUACAAAAAAUUAAUAAUUCAAAGUGAACGUUAAUGUUUUUAAUAAUACUCAAAAACUAUUAAACGAUGAGACGCGUUUCAUUAUCAUUUCUUUGAUAUGCAUCCUUUGUAACUAUUUGUAUUUUAUAAAAACGAUUUUUUCCAUAUA